UGGCAUUUCGAUGGUGCCGUGAAUACCAAUUCGUGAUGUUGAUGAUUUUUUUUUCUAUCUGGCCAUCAAUGCUGGUUUUUCUUUCCGAAUCUAGCUGGCGGAAAGCUUCCCGCUGCAUCAGUUACUAGUCGAACUUAGUACCGCGAGCAUAGAACAGCAGGCGGAGAAGAAACCCGGACGGUGGUAGUGAACGUGUCGAACGCUUUCGCGGACUUUAUUCAGUGCAAUUAGAAUACUUUGUGGACUAGGAACGGAUUAAAAUCUCAAUUAAUCAUCAUGUUGUUCAUGUUACAUCAAAUGAAAAUGCAACAAGAGAAAGAUGAGAAACAGAGACAUGCGAACGCCGUGGCUCAUCAUCACCACCAUGGAAUUGUCACCUGUGUUAAACAGUCAAAUGCUCCAGUUAUUUGGAUUUUGGGCGGCCCCGGUUGCGGCAAGGGAACACAAUGUGAUAAAAUUGUCAAAAAAUACAAUUUUAAACAUUUUAGCACAGGAGAUCUGUUAAGAGCCGAGGUAGCUUCUGGUUCCGAUAAGGGAAAAGAACUGAAGGAGAUCAUGUCAAAAGGGGCUCUGGUUUCAAAUGAUGAUGUCCUCCAAAUUUUGGAACGUGCUAUGGUUAAAGUUUCAGAUUCCGCCAAUGGCUUUUUAAUAGAUGGAUAUCCACGGGAAAAGGACCAAGGCACUGCUUUCGAGAAGUAUGUUGCCCCAGUUGAUUUGAUCAUUUUCUUCGACUGUUCAGACGAAACAAUGACUGCCCGGAUUUUGCAUCGUGCAAAAGAAUCAACCGAAGUUCGUGCUGAUGAUAACGAAGAAGCAAUUAAAAUUAGGCUGGCCACUUUCCGGAAAAACACCAAUGAAAUUAUGGCACAAUAUCAACAAAAAACUGUUGUGAUUAACGCUGAACGAGGCGUUGAUGAAAUUUUCGCUGAUGUUCAAGCCGCCAUCGAUAAUGCUGUUGCCAACAAGAAACAAGCAGCCGCCGCUGCCUUAUCUUAAGUAAAUUCAUCCAUGUCUUAUUAAUGUAUUUAAAAACAAAGAAAACUCAUUUUUAAGAAAAGACUUUUCUCAUUCUCACCCAAAGAAGAUUUUCACAAUUUUCCUUUACAUUUCUAGUGCAAAUUUAUUUAAAAUGAAGCAAAGUUGUAAAAGCAAUAUGUACUAAAGAGAAAGAAAUUUAUUGAAACCGAAAGGAA